CGAUGUGUUGUGCUAAUGUUGUCUAUCCAAAAGCCACUUGAACGACACACUUGUCUUUAUAGUGUAACUUGUACAUUCAUGUAAGGAAAACCGACGGGUCGGUUCAGAGGAACCUUUCGUCCUCUUCGGUGGCUAGCUAACUAGCUCGCUAAGUAACCAGCGCUGUAUCCAUUUUUCUAUUUUGUACAUACAUUGUUUUGUAUAUACUGUAAAUGAUGACUUCAGUGGUCAGCAAUCAAGCCCGGGGGGCUCGGGACGGAACGCUGUCCACAACUACACAAACAACACAGCCACAGGCCACAGCAGAACAGAUUCUUUUAGCCCAAAUGUUCUACGACAAAAAUGAUGCUGACUUUGAAGACAAAGUCAAACAGCUGAUUGAGGUAACUGGGAAAACUCAAGAUGAGUGCAUGGUAGCCCUCCAUGACUGCAACGAAGAUGUAAACAGAGCCAUCAAUUUUCUGCUGGAGAGCACCCCUGAUACAACCUCCUGGGAAACUGUGGGGAAGAAGCGUAGCCUUGGGAAAGAAGGAGGACCCUCAGAGAUAAAGGAGAGCAGGGAGAAGAAAGGAGAGAGGGAGGCUAGUCGCGGACGUGGGGCGUCCAACAGAAGGGGCAGAGGCAUCAGCCGAGGGCGCGAAGGUCGGUUAGAGGAGAAUGGGUUUGAGGUGGCUCCUGGAGAGAGAGGGGGAGACCGUGGAGGCAGAGGGCGGGGCAGAGGGGCUGUGGUUCGUGGUAGAGGAAGGGCAGCUGCUGGCAACAGGUUCUCUUCCCAGGGAAUGGGCAUCUUCAAUCCGGCUGACUACACAGCUAACUCCCGAGCUCGCCAGGAUACAUGGGCAGGCAAUGAAACUGCUGAGGGAACUGGAACAUGGGAAGGCAAUGUGGAAGACUGGGCUGCAGAGGACUGGAAUGAGGACUUGUCUGAGACCAAAGUAUUCACUGCCUCCUCUCCUCCAGCAAACCUCAUCAAACAUGGACCCAAUUCGGACCAGGCUAGCCUACUGCCGAAGACUGGAGUGGCUGUAGGGGGUUCUAUCGACUUGGGAGCGAUAGUCGAUGGUCCCUCAGCUGAGCAUUUGGGCCAAAGCCUGGUGUUUACCAAUUCCCAACACAAUGGACGCACUGCAACACACAGCUACGCACACGCCACAGCCAACAGCUACGCCCAUGCCGCCUCUGCUAGUACAACCUAUGCACAUGCUGCACUGUCCUCAGUCCUGGGUUCUGGUUUUGGGUCCCUGAAUGCGCCUAAGCCAACGCCUGCCUCCGAAAUCAGGACAUCAGAGCAGCUCAAUGGCCCUCGGCUUGGUCAGAGAGCCAGUCAGAUGUUGGCCAACGCCAGCAACGUUAGCAUUUCCAAAGAUGCAGGGCCACCUCUAGUACAGAACCCUGUUCCUGCAUGUUCUCCCUCUCUAGAAGUCAAGGCUCAGAGAGUGGAGAAUGGCCCUGUUACUGCCCAACACAUGGAGAUGAAGCUUCAACCAGAGCCAUCAGCAGUGCUCAGCCAGCUGGCUCAGAGGCAACAACAGUCCUCCAUCCUUCUGCAUGCACCACAGGUCCCCACACCACCAGGUCACGAGUCCUCCGUGCCUCAUUUGAGAGAUCAAGCUUCUCCAGGAGGGAAGUUGACAUGUAUGGAGCAUUCUGUCACAGAACCCCCUCAGCGGCAGCUAAAGACUCAGAGACGCAGAGUACCUCCUUCCUCAAAGAUCCCGUCGUCAGCAGUGGAGAUGCCGGGCUCUGCAGAUAUACGUGGCCUGAAUGUUCAGUUUGGGGGUCUUGACUUUGGGUCUGAGGCUGGUAGUGGAACGAUAAACAUGGCACAGACGGAGCCGGUCAGGGAACAGGCCCCGACUCAGGUCCCAGCUCCAGCAGCUUCUGCACCCAUGCCUGUUCCUACUGGUGUUACUACACAGCAGCAACAGAGCAGCCUGUUCUCCAAUCCAGGAUCUGUGAGCGAACACAUGAGCAGCUUACCCACCUUACCAUUAGCUGUAUCGGAUCCCAACUUCCCCUCACCAUCCUUGGGCUUACCCAGUGCCACGCCCUCUCCCUCCAUGGGUCUUCCCAGUGCAGCCGCACCCCCCUCUUCUACAGCCCCAUCCGCAACCAGCCGUGUGGAGAGCAGUGGCUCAAGGUCCCUGCCACCUCAUCUGGGCUUCUCUCAGACCAAAGAUGUCUCCUCAGCUGCUGCUCUCACAAAUGGCUACAGUGGCAUAAAGACACAGAGCACACAGGACACUACGUCAUCAACGUCUAGAACAGUCAAAACUGAGUCUCCCGUUAUGACGACUGACACUGGCCACCACAUCCACUCCCCUGCAGUCACACCUUCCCACUCAACAUCCAUCCCCUCGCUCAGCAGUCACGUGACCAGUACUCACUCAACGGGAUCUGCUCUUGCCACAAGCUCCUCCCUCACGAUAAGUAAUGUGGAGCACAAUAGUAUUGGCAACCUCCAUGCCUUUUCAUCGUCGCCCAGCCAAGCUGUCGAUUCGUGUCCUCCCCUGGCUGUUAGCAACUCAAUCGCCAAUGGUCUGCACCCAUCUGGAGCACCUGGACUAACUUCUAAUGGCACAAAUGUCACACUCUCAGCUGCAGGCAGCCGCACGGCACCCCUGCUCACCACUUCUGGUAAAGCUCCUCCCAACUUGUCCCAAGGAGUGCCACCUCUCCUGGCAAACCAGUACAUCAUGGGCCCUGGUGGCUUGCUCCCUGCUUACCCCCAGAUCUAUGGAUAUGAGGACUUGCAAAUGCUGCAGUCUCGCCUUCCUAUGGAUUAUUAUGGUAUACCAUUCCCUGGCACUACACCUACUAUGCCUGGAAGAGAGAGCCUGGCUAAUAAUCCAUAUUCUGGUGAAGCGACAAAGUUUGGCAGGAAUGAUUCGUCAUCUCCAGCUCCCCCAACAAGCAUGUCUACGGCCGGGGUGCAGUCCCAGCCACAGCAGGCACCACAGGCAGGAACACAAGGGCAGGGCCAGGGUCAGCAAACACAGAACCAGGCCUUCCUCAAUCCCCCUCUGCCCCCAGGCUACGGAUACACUGGUCUGCCGUACUACGCCGGUGUACCGGGUGUUCCCUCUGCUUUCCAGUACGGCCCCACAGUCUUUGUGCCUCCUGCUGCGGCUAAACAACCUGCAAUGGGACUGGCUAACCCUUCCAAUCAGUAUCACCAACAGCAUCAGCCCAAUUACGGACAGCAUGCAUAUGGCACAGCCUUUGAUGACCUGUCUCAAGCCCACGGUGGGGAGUACAGUAAGGGAGGGUACGGAGGCUCUGUCCAGUCACAGGCCAAGUCAGCGGGCAGCGGCCCAGGGAAAGCACCAGGACUGUCGGGGUCAGGUACCGGUGGAGGAGUACCUGACAUGGGAGGCUCAAUCUACAGCAAAACUCAAUCAUUUGAUAAGCAGGGCUUCCACACGGGGACACCACCUCCCUUCAGUCUGCCUUCGGCACUGGGGGGAACGGGGCCCCUGAACCCCGGGGGUGCUCCUGGCUAUGCCCCUGCUCCCUUCCUGCACAUCCUGCCACCGCACCAACAGCCCCACUCUCAGCUGCUGCACCAUCACCUCACACAGGACGGACAGGGUGGUCCUGGUCAGCGCAAUCAGUCCAGCAGCAUGCAGCAGAAGACCCAAGGCAGCAAGUCCAGCUAUGGCAGCUCCCCCUACUGGGCCAACUGAGGAAUGCUUCCCAAUCCUCACUCUCCCAAAAGGCUGUGUGCGUGUGCAAGUGUAAAGCUAAAACAAAAAAUAAAGACACUACCCUCACAAUGAGCAACCUGGGCCUUCUCGCCCUGCUCCCCCCACCUCCACUAGUCCUCAUCCUCAAGUCUUUUGGGUUCUCUCUUCCCUCCCUCUUCAAAAUUGGUUGUACAUGUAAGAUAUUUAUGUAUGUAUUUAUAUAUACAUAUACUGUAUAUGUAAUAGUAGAACAUGAAAUGUGGUUGCUGCAUUUUAUUUUUGAAGGACUUUUUGUUUACUUUUUUCAAAACUGCAGGAAAAGAUGUUACAUUAAGACAGAAUGAGACAAUAAUUGUGAGCGAGCAAAAUAUAGAAACGAUCUAAAACCUCCUGUAAGAAACCGGAAAAGGAGAGAGCUCUAUAGCACUGAUUGCGAAUGAGGACAUUUCAGAUGCGGGUGGGGGUUAUAAUAACUAAUUGCAUCUGUUUUGUCUUUCUUUUUUUCUUUUUUUUUAUACAUAACUUUCUGAAUGACCAGGCUCAUCCCCCAAACUUAAUUUUGUAGCGUCCUGUUUUUCCCCCUCUUGUCCCUCCCUCCCUUCUUCUGGAGGGCUGCCGACUUUCCUUGUCAACCCCUUACCUUUAAAGACAGAUUUGCCCAUCUAAAUUUUAUAUUUUUAUUUUUAUUUUAACCCUGAUUUCCCUCAAAAUAAAAGUUCUGAGCAGUUGGAAA